AUGGUGGCUAAUCUUUUCAAGAGCCUGAUUUUACCUUACAUACAUAAGCUUUGCAAAGGAAUGUUUACAAAGAAAUUGGGAAAUACAAACAAAAAAAAAGAGAAUCGUGAGCAGAAAAGAGAUCAAGACUUUCCUACUGCUGGCCACACCAAAACCCCCAAACUUUCUAAUACCUUGAAAAGUACCGUAAAGAAGAUUGCCAAGUGUUCAUCCACUCGCAACUUAUCCAUUGAAGAAGACGAAGCUAAUAGAGAAUUUUCUCUCUCGCCAACAUUCAGUUACCGAGUAGCUAUUGCCAACGGCCUGCAAAAAAAUAUUAAUGUAACCAACAGUGAUAAUGAAGAUCUGCUUCAAGAGUUAUCUUCCAUUGAGAGUUCCUACUCAGAAUCACUCAGUGAACUAAGGAGCAGUGCAGAAAACCAGCCACAGUCAACACUCACGAUGCCAGUGAAACGCAAUAGAAAGAGUUCAAGCAGCCUGGCUCCUUCGGAGGGCAGCUCUGAUGGGGAACGCACUCUGCAUAGCUUAAAGCUAGGAGCUUUACGUAAACUGCGGAAAUGGAAAAAGAGUCAAGACUGUGUCUCCUCAGAUUCAGAGUUGAGCACAAUGAAGAAAACCUGGGGAAUAAGAAGCAAAUCUUUAGACAGAACUGCCCGAAACCCAAAGACAAAUGCCUUGGAGCCAGGAUUCAGUUCCUCUGGAUGUAUUAGUCAAACACAUGAUGUCAUGGAAAUGAUCUUUAAGGAACUUCAGGGAAUAAGUCAGAUUGAGACAGAACUUUCUGAGCUACGAGGGCAUGUCAAUGCUCUCAAGCAUUCCAUCGAUGAGAUCUCCAGCAGUGUGGAGGUUGUACAAAGUGAAAUCGAACAGCUUCGUACAGGGUUUGUCCAGUCUCGGAGGGAAACCAGAGACAUCCAUGAUUACAUUAAGCACUUAGGUCAUAUGGGUGGCAAGGCGAGCCUGAGAUUUUUAAAUGUGCCCGAAGAAAGAUUUGAAUACGUUGAAGUUGUGGUGUACCAAAUUCUAAUAGAUAAAAUGGGUUUUUCAGAUGCAACAAAUGCUAUUAAAAUUGAGUUUGCUCAGAGAAUAGGACACCAAAGGGACUGCCCAAAUGCAAAGCCUCGGCCCAUACUGGUGUACUUUGAAACUUCUAAGCAAAGGGAUUUGGUCUUAAAAAAAUCAUAUAAACUCAAAGGAACAGGUAUUGGAAUCUCAACAGACAUUCUUACUCAUGACAUCAGAGAAAGAAAAGAGAAAGGGAUACCAUCUUCCCAGACCUAUGAGAGCAUGGAUAUAAAGUUGUCUACUCCAGAGCCCCAAAUCAAGAAGAAUAAUUGGACGCUACCAGAUGACAGUGAUGGAGAGCUGGAAUCUGACCUCAAUCGAAACAGCUAUGCUGCGCUUUCCAAGUCAGAGUUUCCAACAAAGGGAAGUGUUUCCAAGCCAAGUUCAAAAUCACACAAUGCUAGAGCUAAAAAUAAAACUGCUAGUAGCAGCAAAAUUUCAAAUAAAUCAGAUUAUGAAAAAAUGUCCUCACAAUUGCCAGAACCAGGUACCUUGGAAAAACAAACUACAACCCAUUAUGGAGAUGCAACUCCCCUCUGGCAUUCACAGAGUGAUUUUUUUACCGCAAAGCUUAGUCGUUCUGAGUCAGACUUUUCCAGACUGUGUCAAUCUUAUUCUGAGGACUUUUCAGACAAUCAGUUUUUCACUAGAACGAAUGGAAGCUCCCUCUUGUCAUCUUCAGACCGGGAACUUUGGCAGAGGAAACAGGAGGGCACGCCUACUUUGUAUGACAGUCCUCAGGACUUACUUUUGGAUGGGGCUGUGCAGGGUGUCCAGGGGAACACAGACACUGUGGAUAGCGGAAUGAGCAAUGGCAUGGUUCGUGCAUCUGGAGACCAAAGUCAUUACAGCGACUCUCAGCUUUCUUUACAUGAGGAUCUUUCUCCAUGGAAGGAAUGGAAUGAAGUGGAACAAGGAGCUGAUUUAGGUUUGGAUUCAUCCACUCAGGAAGCUUUUGACUAUGACACAAACAGUCUAUCUGACCAACAACUAGAUGUUUACAACAAAGACCGAGAAGACUCGGGAAAGUGCCAUGGUGACCUUCAGGAUGACUCUGAGAGCUUUGAUUUAACCCAAGAUGACAACUCAUCUCCAUGCCCUGGACUGGAUAACGAACCACAAGGCCAGUGGGUUGGCCAAUAUGAUUCUUAUCAGGAAGCCAAUUCUAACGAUUUGUACCCAGAUCAAAGCCAGUUGUCCAUCAUGUACCAAAGUCAAAGUGAAUUGCAAAGUGAUGAUUCAGAGGAUGCCCCACCCAAAUCUUGGCAUAGUCGAUUAAGCAUUGACCUUUCUGAUAAGGCUUUCAGCUUCCCAAAAUUUGGAUCUACACUGCAGCGGGCUAAAUCAGCCUUGGAGGUGGUAUGGAACAAAAGCACACAGAGUCUCAGUGGGUAUGAGGACAGUGGCUCUUCCUUAAUGGGGAGAUUUCGGACAUUAUCACAAUCAACUGCAAAUGAAUCAAGUACCACCCUGGACUCUGAUGUUUACACAGAACCUUAUUAUUAUAAAGCAGAAGAUGAGGAGGACUACAGUGAGUCAGCAGCAGAUAAUGAAACAGAUUAUGUUGAAGUGAUAGGACAAGUUCUUGCUAAGCUAGAAAACAGGACUAGUAUUACUGAAACAGAUGAACCAAUGCAGGAAUAUGAUCACUCUUCUUAUGAAACCCCGCAAGAUGAGGGAUAUGAUGGUCAGGCAGAUGAUGUGGUUAGUGAAGGAGGGUUGGAACCCUUAAAUGAAACAUUACCUGAAAUGGAAAUAAAAGAAGAUGAAAACCAAAACAUUCCUGAACAGCCUGUGGAAAUCACAAAGCCAAAGAGAAUCCGUCCCUCUUUCAAAGAAGCAGCUUUAAAAGCCUAUAAGAUGCAAAUGGCAGAACUGGAAGAGAAGAUCCUGGCUGGAGAUAGCAGUUCUGUGGAUGAAAAGGCUCGAAUAGUAGGCGGCAAUGAUUUGGAUGCUUCCAAAUUCUCUGCGCUCCAGGCAUUUGGUGGGGCUGGGUGGGGACUUUAUGGUAUUGACAGUAUGCCAGAUCUCCGAAGGAAAAAAACUUUGCCUCUUGUACGGGAUGUGGCUAUGACAUUGGCUGCCCGGAAAUCUGGACUCUCCCUGGCUAUGGUGAUUAGGACAUCACUAAACAAUGAGGAACUGAAAAUGCAUGUCUUCAAGAAGACCUUGCAGGCGUUGAUCUACCCCAUGUCUUCCACCACCCCCCACAAUUUUGAGGUCUGGACAGCUACGACACCAACCUACUGUUACGAGUGCGAAGGGCUCCUGUGGGGCAUUGCCCGGCAGGGCAUGAAGUGCUUGGAGUGCGGAGUGAAGUGCCAUGAGAAGUGCCAGGACCUCCUGAACGCCGACUGUUUGCAGAGAGCGGCAGAGAAGAGUUCUAAGCAUGGUGCGGAAGACAAGACUCAGACUAUUAUUUCAGCUAUGAAGGAAAGAAUGAAGAUCAGGGAAAAAAAUAGGCCAGAGGUUUUUGAAGUAAUUCAAGAAAUGUUUCAGAUUUCUAAAGAGGAUUUUAUUCAGUACACAAAGGCAGCCAAACAGAGUGUAUUGGAUGGGACAUCUAAGUGGUCAGCAAAAAUAACCAUUACAGUGGUUUCUGCACAAGGGUUGCAGGCAAAAGACAAGACUGGGUCCAGUGAUCCAUAUGUUACGGUUCAAGUUGGAAAGAACAAAAGAAGAACUAAAACCAUUUUUGGAAAUUUGAAUCCUGUAUGGGAUGAGAAGUUUUAUUUUGAGUGCCAUAACUCCACAGAUCGAAUCAAAGUCAGAGUGUGGGAUGAAGAUGAUGACAUCAAAUCCAGAGUCAAGCAACAUUUCAAAAAGGAAUCAGAUGAUUUUCUGGGACAAACAAUUGUAGAAGUGAGGACCCUGAGUGGAGAAAUGGAUGUCUGGUACAACUUAGAGAAACGGACAGAUAAGUCAGCUGUAUCUGGGGCCAUUAGAUUGAAAAUCAAUGUGGAAAUAAAAGGAGAGGAGAAGGUUGCUCCAUAUCAUAUACAGUAUACAUGUUUACAUGAGAAUCUGUUCCAUUACUUGACUGAAGUGAAAUCUAAUGGUGCAGUGAAAAUCCCAGAGGUCAAAGGGGAUGAAGCCUGGAAGGUUUUCUUUGAUGAUGCUUCCCAAGAAAUAGUCGAUGAGUUUGCCAUGCGCUAUGGGAUUGAAUCCAUUUAUCAAGCUAUGACGCACUUCUCAUGUCUGUCUUCUAAAUACAUGUGCCCCGGCGUCCCUGCCAUCAUGAGCACCUUGCUGGCGAAUAUAAAUGCUUUCUAUGCUCACACAACAGUUUCAACAAACGUGCAGGUUUCUGCCUCGGAUCGAUUUGCAGCUACCAACUUCGGUAGGGAAAGAUUCAUAAAACUACUAGACCAGUUGCACAACUCUUUAAGGAUUGACCUGUCAAAGUAUAGGGAAAACUUUCCUGCUGGCAAUGCUGAAAGACUGCAAGACCUGAAAUCAACUGUGGACUUGCUAACAAGUAUCACCUUUUUUAGAAUGAAGGUUCUGGAGCUGCAAAACCCCCCAAAGGCCAGCACGGUGGUAAAGGACUGUGUCAGAGCUUGCCUGGAUUCUACGUACAAGUAUAUUUUUGAUAAUUGCUAUGAACUCUAUUCCCAGCUAAUAGACCCGAGUAAGAAACAGGACAUUCCUCGGGAAGAACAAGGACCCACCACCAAGAAUUUGGAUUUUUGGCCCCAACUUAUUACCCUGAUGGUCACAAUUAUUGAUGAGGAUAAAAUUGCCUACACACCUGUCCUGAAUCAGUUUCCUCAAGAACUAAACAUGGGAAAAAUAAGUGCUGAAAUUAUGUGGACCCUUUUUGCUCUGGAUAUGAAAUAUGCACUAGAAGAGCAUGAAAAGCAGCGGUUAUGUAAGAGCACCGAUUAUAUGAAUUUGCAUUUCAAAGUGAAAUGGUUUUAUAAUGAAUAUGUACGAGAACUUCCUGCCUUCAAGGAUGCCAUUCCUGAAUAUUCCUUGUGGUUUGAACCUUUUGUCAUGCAGUGGCUAGAUGAAAAUGAAGAUGUGUCAAUGGAGUUUCUUCAUGGAGCACUAGGAAGAGACAAAAAAGAUGGAUUUCAGCAGACCUCUGAUCAUGCCCUCUUCUCUUGUUCCGUGGUUGAUGUCUUUGCUCAGCUUAAUCAGAGCUUUGAGAUUAUUAAGAAACUGGAAUGCCCUAACCCUGAAGCAUUAUCUCACUUAAUGAGAAGAUUCGCCAAGACUAUCAAUAAAGUACUGCUUCAGUAUGCUGCAAUUGUAUCAAGUGAUUUUAGUUCCUACUGUGAUAAGGAAAAUGUGCCCUGUAUACUGAUGAACAAUAUUCAGCAAUUACGGGUCCAGUUGGAAAAAAUGUUUGAGUCCAUGGGAGGAAAAGAGUUAGAUCCUGAAGCUAGUGCUAUUCUGAAGGAACUCCAAGUGAAACUCAGUGGGGUUCUAGAUGAGCUCAGCAUCACUUACGGGGAAAGUUUCCAGCUUAUUAUUAAGGAGUGUAUAAAACAGAUGGGAUUUGAACUAAAUCAAAUGAGAACAAAUGGAAAUACUGCAUCUAAUAAGAACAGUGCUGCAAUGGAUGCGGAGAUUGUGUUAAGACCUCUCAUGGACUUCUUGGACAAAACAUUAAGUCUCUCAGCAAAAAUCUGUGAGAAAACAGUUCUGAAGCGACUUUUGAAAGAGCUGUGGAAGCUAGUUCUAAACAAAAUAGAGAAACAGAUCGUUCUCCCUGCUCUGACAGAUCAAACGGGACCCCAGAUGAUUUUCAUCACUGCUAAAGAUCUUGGACAAUUAUCAAAACUGAAGGAGCACAUGAUUCGAGAGGAUGCCAAGGGUCUGACAAUAAGACAGUGCACCAUAAUGGAGGUGGUCCUGGCUACCAUCAAGCAAUACUUUCAUGCAGGAGGAAAUGGUCUCAAAAAGAAUUUCUUGGAGAAAAGCCCAGAUCUUCAGUCUCUGAGAUAUGCUCUCAGUCUUUAUACCCAAACGACUGAUGCCUUGAUAAAGAAGUUCAUAGACACUCAAACCUCACAGAGUCGCUCCUCCAAAGAUUCAGUGGGUCAGAUAUCUGUUCAUGUGGACAUCACCACCACCCCAGGCACUGGAGAGCAUAAAGUCACUGUAAAAGUGAUGGCUAUUAAUAACCUGAACUGGCAGACCACCGCCAUGUUCCGCCCCUUCGUGGAAGUUUGUAUGCUGGGACCCAACCUUGGAGACAAGAGGAGAAAACAAGGCACAAAGACAAAAAGCAACACCUGGUCUCCCAAGUACAAUGAAACAUUUCAGUUCAUUCUGGGUAACGAAAACCACCCAGGAGCCUAUGAACUUCAUCUCUCAGUUAAGGAUUACUGCUUUGCCCGAGAAGAUCGGAUUAUCGGAAUGACAGUAAUUCAGCUACAGAGCAUAGCAGAAAAGGGAAGCUAUGGGGCAUGGUACCCCCUUUUGAAAAAUGUUUCUAUGGAUGACACCGGUUUGACUAUUCUUAGAAUACUCUCUCAGAGGACCAACGAUGAUGUGGCGAAAGAAUUUGUAAGACUUAAAUCUGAAACAAGAUCUACUGAAGAGAAUGCUUGA